CUUGGUGCUGUGCAGACACAGGUCUUGUUCCGUCCUUUCUUCACAAAACUUCAUCUUAGCUCAUGAACAUUUUGAUUUGGAAAGUUCUGACCUGAAACUGCAAACAGCAACUAGAUAUUCCAGCAGGAGUUUUUUUUUACAUUAAAAGCAAGAAGAAAGGACUGAUCCCAGCCACCAUGCCAUUAGCUGGAACCCCCGCCCCAAUAAAGAAGAAAAGGACAAGCAGAAUAAUUACAAAAACGCUGAAGGAUGCUGGAAGCGAGAUUAACCUUGGGAAGAAAAUCAGUAUCCCAAGGGAUGUGAUGUUGGAGGAACUGUCACUGUUGAAGAAUAAAGGAUCCCUGAUGUUUAAAGAGAGGCAACGCAGGGUUGAAAGGUUCAUCUAUGAAUCAAAUCCUGAUGUCUUUAAUCCAGAUUCGAUGGACAACUUUCAGAAGUUCAUACCUGGUUCUGGUGGUGUGCUGAAGACUGGGUCAGGUGGCAUCCAGAUGGUUGGACAAACGGGAUCUGGAUUCAGAAGUGGGUACACUCGCUAUGGAACACAUUCACGGGGUACAGCGCCAGCACCAUAUCCCAAACCUCAGCAUCUAGCUGCCGUCUCCGGGAUUACUGGGAAACAUGGGAGCAGCCAUGGUCAAGUAGAUGGAGGGAGUGCAGGGGCUGGAGGCCUUGAGGGUCAUGGAGUUCAAGGUGGAGCAGAUGGUGAAAAAGGAUCUGGAGGAGGAGCUGGGAAAAAACAUAUCACAGUACUGAAAACCUAUGUGUCACCCUGGGAACAGGCCAUGGGCAAUGACCCUGAACUAAAGGCAACUAUGAAUUUACACAUGGAAAGUCCAUCUGGCUCAACCAAGUUGCGUUAUUAUAAAUCCUUCAACAGAACUGCGAUGCCGUACGGAGGGUUUGAAAAGGCAGCCAAACUCAUGACUUUUCAGCUCCCGGAAUUUGAUACAGCUCCUCCAGCACCCGAACCUGUGAUCAUAUUUCACCAAGACAUCAGCUGCCGGCCAAACUUUAACAGGACCCCUCUGGGCUGGACUCCAAUGAGCACAGAUUCUUUGGUUAACCUUGGAAUAGAUCUCGAGUUCAAUGCUGAAACAGAUGACCUGUAGAAGGCAUGAACGGGUAGCUUAAAGUCACUUGUUUGGCCUUAGCUCAGGAGCACUUUGAACAGAUUGCAUUAGACGUGACAUUUGGCUAGAAUCAUCAGUGUAUCAUUGCAUAGUCUUUAAAAAUUGGUGGCUUCUCAAGACCUCUUCCCUCAUCCAUUAUUAACAUAUUUUGUUAAUUUACUCAAAUACUGAUCUAUGACAGGUUUCAGGUUCCUGUAACAGUUAUAGUUCACAUGUUUUAAGUAAGAGUAAACAAAGCGAAGUAUAAUUGAAAUACGUUUUUGCCUUUGAUGCCUCUAAGACAGUAAUGUUAUCAGGCAACUAUUUUCUAAACAAAAUAAAAGUUACCAGAAAA